UUUUCUGGCUAUUGCAUUAUCAAGCGCGUUGGGUGUUUGGGGCCUUUUAGAGCGUUGGGCCCUUGCUUACUUUUUCUUCUUCACCAUACCCUCCUGCAUACCUGCAUAUUUGCAUAUGAGUGCUUCAUGCAUGUUACUAGCGACGCGACUAGACCUUGUUCAUGGUUCUAUCAUUCACCACCAUCAUCAUCCUCCCCAUCUUCUUCAUACCUCACAUCAGACAAGAUCUUCGGAAGAAGUCCGACUUUUUGAACUCUUUAUGAUACCACUAUACUUGAAUGAUUCGAUACAUUACCUCCGCCAGACGGACACAUGCAUAAAUCUCUAAGCUGCCUCACCCCGCAGUGUGACCCGCAAUGAACAU